CCCCCAGUUUGUCACACAACCGGGUAGAUGUAAGCAGUUUUCUGACUUCUUCAAGUCUGUAUUUCCUCUUAAAAUCCCCUUUCACUGCAUUACCAUUUUCAAUUUCCAGAGCCUGUUCUCUCAAUCCAUGCAUUUAGGAGGCUUCAUAUUUAUAGAUGAUAUGAUUUUUCCGGGCCAUGAACUAUUGUACAUGCUUCUGGGUCAUAACUGUGUAUUUGUGUUUCGAUGUUUUGGAUCACAUUCCAUGAUCUUUCAUCAGAAAGAAGCUUCAUAACCAAUUUUUUAGUCAGUGAUAUCACAACUGGGUAUCUUGAUUUGGGUGAGACUUAUCAUAAUCCAUGGAUGCAAUAUCCAUUCCUUACCUUUUCAGGUGUCCAAUCUCCCAACAAGUAAUGAAGGAACCAGUGACCAUCUGCACUGGAAUCACAUAUGACAGGGAGAGCAUUGAGAGAUGGUUUGAGGAGGGCAAUUUGUCAUGCCCAUCUACAAUGCAGGUUUUGGAAACCCUAGACCUUACCCCUAAUCACACAUUGAAGAGACUCAUCCAAGCUUGGUGCUCCUCCAAUUCAGGGAUACAGGGUACCCACAACAUUUCCUCCAGUAACCCUGAUGAGAAAGAGAUAGAGCAGGUGCUGCUGAACAUUAGAAAUUCUUCUGCCCACUUGGGAAAUUUGAGAACCCUAGCUGAUUUGGCUAAGAGAAGUGAGAGAAACAUGGCUUUAAUAGCUGCAUCAGGAGGCCACUCAGCGCUGUUAUACAUUUUAAGCAGAAGAGAAAUCAUGUGUAGGGAAGAAGCCUUGGCAAUAUUGGCAAGCCUCCCCAUCCAUGAAGCUAAGGAAGAAUGCAUGAGUGCUCUGAAAAGCCCAACAACCAUAGAUAUGAUAAGCUGGUUUCUGAGUAAAGGCAGCAUGGAUGCUAGGCUCCAUGCAGCACAAGUUCUCUAUGGGCUUCUGACUGCAGAUCAGAACCUCAAAGCUGUUUUUCGGCCUGAUGAAGAAACCUUUCAGAAUUUGAAUUUGCUGCUCCAAGAUGAAUGCCAAUCAGCCGUCAAAACUGCCUUAGAAGUACUGCUGAUUAUCAGUCCUGUGAGGAGAAACAGAAUGAGGGCAGUUGAAGCUGGAGUUGCAGUUACCCUGAUUGAGAUUCUUUCCCAAGCAAAUUCAAAAUUGACCGAGAAAGCUCUUUCCCUGUUAGAAAUCCUGUGCCAAAGUGCAGAAGGCAGAGCCUCUGUCUGUGGGCAUCCUCUCGGAAUCAUUGUUCUUGUCCAGAAAAUUGCAAGAGUUUCAGAGGUGGGCACAGAUGCUGCCAUAGCAGCACUGUGGCAAAUCAUCAAAAAAUGCAAAACCCCAUCAGUGCUUAAGGAUAUGGAGGAAGCAGGGGGUCAUCUCAAGUUAAGUUUUAUGCUGCAAGUAGGAUGUAGGUCAAGCAUUAGACAGAGAGCAAAGGAGAUUCUCAGAGCUCAAAGAGGAAAAUCCUAAAAGGUGAGUCAGCUGAAUGCAGGAGAAUUGAUACAUAAAGGUAGUCAUCAGUGGAAGCAGGGGGUCAUCUCGAGUUAAGUUUUAUGCUGCAAGUAGGAUGUAGGUCAAGCUCUAGACAGAGAGAAAAGGAGAUUCUCAGAGCUCAAAGAGGGAAAUCCUAAAAGGUGAGUCAGCUGAAUGCAGGAGAAUUGAUACAUAAAGGUAGUCAUGUAGGACUGAAAUACAGAGCUGAAUUUUGCCUUCUCAAACGCAGUGCCACAGUGAGGGCCACAACCUAGGUAACUGAGGAAACUAUCCAGCCAACCAAUUGUCCCUCCAGCAAUUAUCUGAUACUUUCCCUCAUGUCAGGUCAGGGCAAUCAGACUAGGAGGCUGCCAACUUAACUAACCUUAUAAGGAACAUUACUAUAUAUCACUAACAAUUGUAGCUUAAUAAGGUUUGACAGUGGAGAAUUUGUGUUUGGACAUAUGUGUUCUUGAAAGACAGAUCACAAGUUCAAAUUCUACAGGAGGUAAUGUAUAUACUCCUUAUUUGUAGCACAGUUAGGUGUGUCCCACAAGGGGUACGGGGUAGUCUCAUAUUGCUAUAAGCCAUCUGUUGACCCAUAUACAGACCGUACGUUAUCUUGAACUAUAAAAGAAUCUUUCUUUCUUUCUUUAUCCAUCAUUAAAAACCCUCACAUGACAAUUACACAAAAUGUUAGUAUAAAAGUAACCUUCCCAGAAUUUUUGAAUAAAUGA